AUGCCGGCAGAGCUAGCUGCUUUUAGGGCAGCUUUGGCGCGAAGCUGCGGCAAGCCGUCCGAUGUGGAGGCCGCGGUUGACGGUCUCACUGAGUGGCGCUCCUCUUUAAUUCAGGGGCAGUUGCCCGGAGACAGCAACCAUACCUGGCCUCCCGAACCGCUUCGCAGGCAGCUCUUGAUGGGUCUUCGGGAGAUUGAUCUUCCGACGUUGUUGUCUGAGCAGCCCAACCUGGUCGACACGGUUCUGCUGAACGUCCUGCAGGCUGUGGAGACUUUUCAGAAGGCGGUGAAAGCUUCUGAAAGCCAGUGGGACUCGCAAUCCAACAGCAGCCCCUCCCUGUGGUCCUUUCUUUCCAGUGCCAGCACGGCAGAGCCCGAAGACGGCUCUGAGGCCGAGCCAUCAGAAGCUGCAGCUGCAGAGCUCAGUGCCCUCUCCAACUCAGAUGGCGACUCCAGCGAGGAGGACGCCGCAAAAGCCGGCGAAGCCGAGAACUUGCAGAACAUCCAGGAGGACCAGGAGGGGCAAAUUGCCGAUGGCUCCCAGCAGCUCGAAGCAGAGGGCGAGGGGGAGGGCAGCGGCUCGGAGGAGUCGCUUGCAGAGCAGCUGACCCGUCAGUUUGUGGAGACCUGGCGAGAGUUGGCAGCAGAGGCCGCGAAGCCUCGCUUGCAGUCCUGGGCGCCCUCGGAUUCGGAGGACAGCAACUCGGAGACGUCUUCGAAGGAGUCCUUCGCUGCUUGCACCGGGACGGAGCCGGGGACCUGGUCGGAGCCCUUAGGCUGGGAGCACCUUCUGGUGCUCCGGAAGCUGCUGGGCCGGCUUCCCGAGCUGAGGGGUUUGGUGAAGAGGAUGGGCCGGCGCAGCGGCCUCAAGGCUUCCUUGCGCUUCGACCGGGCCCAGCGCGCGAGGUCCAAGGAGGCCGAGGGCGUCGUGCGCUCCGACAAAAGCCCCUUCGAGACCUCGGGCAUCACCCGUUCCGAUGGUAGCCUGCUCCUAUUGCCCAGCGAGCUCUCCCUCCUGGCUUUUGCCAACGCCCAGCCGCCGCGGCCGAGCUCCGCGGGCGCCCGGGCGCUCUUCCGCCUCCGGCGCGCUGAGGCGGCGCUGCUCAGCUACGAGAGGAGCGCCUGGGUAGAGGAGGAGGCGGAGACGCUGAGGUGGAGGGAGUUCCGCCCGGCCCAGGAGAGGGGACCUCUGAUUUGUUGCGUGGACACCUCUCGGAGCAUGGCGGGAAGGAGGGAGGCCAUUGCCAAGGCAGCCGUGCUGGAGGUCUUGAUGCUCGCUGAAGCCGAGAGGCGUCCCUGCUACCUCUACUUCUUCUCGGGCCCAGAUGACCUUGAAGAGCUUGAAGUCCCGCUGGCACCCAUCCCGGCGCAAGCUUGGCAGGAUGUUCUCGCGUUCCUGAGCAGAUCCUUCGGUGGCGGGACGGACCUCGAGACGCCCCUGGCUGCCAGCGCGCGCCGGCUGCAAGACGAGUGGCGCGCUGCUGACGUCUUGCUCGUCACCGAUGGUGAGGUGGAGGCACCUUCGCCUCCUCUGCUUCAAGAUCUUCGGCGCUUGCGCGAAGAUGGGCUGCGGGUCUUUGGCCUCACGGUUGCUGAGCCCGGCCAGGAAGAGUCUGCUGGGAUGGCGACGUUGGCCGAAGUCUGCGACGAGGUGCAUCGUUUUGAAGCUCUUGGCCGGGUUCCACUACGGUGGAGACCCUAA